GCGUGGACCAAGCUCCAAGCUCGACGUCAAUCUGAAAUCGAAUCGCAUCGUCAAGCAGUCUUCGACCGAGGCCACCGGCUGAUUCUCGAUCAAUUGGCGCCCGCCUCCCGACCACAACCAUGGCCAGCAAGCUCUGCAGAAAUAGGGCUCUGGCCUCAGCACUACGACCGGCAAACCCAUCGGCCGUAGCUCGCAACGAGGCCGCCGUGCGGUGUUUCGCGACAACUGCCCGCACCAACGUCGCCCUUCCCAAGGAUGUCCAGAACCCGCGCGCCGCACCCCGCGGUCAGGUCGGCACCCCUCUUCAGGCCCCUCUCGUCAACCCCGCAGACAAAUACCAGUCCAAGUCCGACAACAUGCACAAGUAUGGGUCAUGGCUCAUGGGGUGUCUCCCCAAGUACAUCCAGCAGUUCUCGGUCUGGAAGGACGAAUUGACCAUCUACAUCCCCCCUGCCGGCAUUAUCCCGGUCUUCGCUUUCUUGAAGUACAACACCGCCGCUGAAUUUACCCAGAUGAGCACCGUCACGGCCGUUGACUUCCCCACCCGCGACCAACGGUUCGAAAUUGUCUACAACUUGCUCAGUGUCCGGCACAACUCCCGAAUCCGCGUCAAGACCUAUGCGGACGAGACCACGCCGGUGCCCAGCGCCACCCCCCUGUUCGACGGCGCCAACUGGUACGAACGGGAGGUGUAUGACAUGUUCGGCGUCUUCUUCCUCAAUCACCCUGACCUGCGCCGCAUCAUGACGGACUACGGUUUCGAAGGCCACCCGCUGCGCAAGGAUUUCCCAGUCACGGGCUAUACCGAGAUUCGGUGGGACGAGGAGAAGAAGCGCAUUGUCACAGAACCGCUGGAGCUUACGCAGGCGUUCCGUAACUUCGAGGGAGGGUCCAGCGCGUGGGAACAGAUUGGUGGUGGUGUGGACAGGACACCCGACACAUUCAAGUUACCGACACCGAAACCAGAAGAGAAGCCCGAGGAGAAGAAAUAGAACAGUUGUGGUGCUGUACAUAUUCUGACAACAAAACUCAUCCAAUUCGCCAGUGCUGGGAGGCGCAAAAGGGCGGUUGUUUUGCAUCCGAGGUAAUCCCAAGGGGUGUGC